UGGUCGGUGAGACAAUAUUUUUAUAGACACUUUGUGAUUCUAGAGGACUUAGUUUUUGAGAAUUGGUGUGAAAGGUUUUUGAGUGAAGAGAAAUGUCUUCAAUGGACUUGAGGCAAGCUUUUGCUGGCCUCCUCACUCUCUCAAUGUUCAUAAUGCUUGGUAAUAUGAUCAAGAAGGACCAUUUUGAUUAUUCAAUUAAUGAUGUUGAUAUUGAAGUUUCAGAACAUGAGUCUGUAGCAGUUACAGAACCAAGCUUUGCCACAGUUUCACAUCUAAGCAAAAAGAGUUUGAAGAAAAAUGAUCAAGGACUAAAACCAUGCUGGAAUCCUCCUCCACUUAAGGAGGUAGAGCAAUCAAAAGGUUUCAUCCUAUUUUCAUUGACAAAUGGUCCUGAGUAUCAUAUCUCACAGAUUGCAGAUGCAGUGGUGGUAGCAAGAUACCUAGGAGCAACUCUUGUGCUUCCUCACAUCAAGAGCAGCAAAUCAGGACAUACCAUGAGCCUUGGAGAUAUUUAUGAUGUUGAGAAUGUUUUAAACAAGCUAAAUGGGUUGGUGAAAGUAACAAGAACACUACCUCCUCAAGUGUCUAAUAGAAACACACCAAUAAUAAGAGUUCCUAACAAGGUUUCACAAGACUACAUUAUGAAGAAAGUUAAACCAAUCUACAAAGCAAAAGGGAUUAUUAAAAUUGAAUCAUAUUUUCCAUCAGGUAAUAAUACAACAAUGGGAAGGAAUAAGAACAACUUGGUCUCAUUAACAUGCAAAGCAAUGUUUGGAACUCUUGAGUUGAAAUCAGAGAUAGAAGAAGUGGCUGAAUCUAUAGCUCAAAAACUACAAACAUGGAGCCAAGAAUCAAGUGGAAAAUUCAUAGCAGUGGAUUUGAGGAUUGAUGUUUUGAAAAAGGAGUGUAAUGGAAAAGAUGAAAAGGGAAGAAAACAAUGUUUCCAAGGACAUGAGAUUGGUGAGUUUCUCAAGAAAAUUGGAUUUGGUCAAGAGACUGUUGUUUAUGUCACUCAGACUAAAUGGAGUCCUGAUCUUAAUGCACUCCGAUAUAUGUUCCCAAAAACAUAUACCAAGGAAAAUAUCAUGUCAGCAACUAAGAAGGAAAAGUUUCUUAGCUCAGAAAGCAUUGAAUUUGAAAAGGUCAUUGAUUUCUACAUAUGUUCUCAGAGUGAUAUAUUUGUGCCUUCUAUUCCUGGUCCCUUCUAUGAUAAUGUUGCUGGGAAGAGGAUUGUGUCAGGAAAAAAUCAAAUACUUGUUCCAAGUGAAAUAGUAAGUCCAUCAGCUUCAGCAUCUGAACACUUUUCUCCCUAUGUGACCCAAAAGAGCCAUUUUGCUUAUGCAUGCUUUUGCUGAAUUAUUACCAUUGCUCUAAGUUUGGUUAUGUAAUGUGCUUGAAUCAACCAACUAUAGCUUUCUGUUCAAGAUGGCCAUAAUGAUUAUUGUUAUAAUAAAAUAGUGACUACCAAGUACCAAUAUGCUACCCUAGUUCUAUUUUGUUUCGGCUUAUAGCGUUUGGUAUGUAAAAUGAAAAAGCAUUCAAAAUCUUCAAGAACUAUUGUAGGAAUUCAUCCCAAUUAUGAUGUUUGAAGCAUUGGCUUACAAAAUCAGCAUUCCAAAAAUUAAUAGGUGCCAUGCAACUCUGGAAAAUAUUACAAUUCAAGUUAUCCUCUCAA